CUCAGGCGUCCAAGAUUCACAAGAAACAUCAUCAAGUGGAUCAGAACAAAAAUAAAAGACUUGACUCCGUUACCCAGUCGCCAGAGGCCAAAGAGAACGAGACCAGAGCGAGAACGAGGCCAAGAGUACCUGUCACAUCUCCCUCAGCGAAGUCCAACACACAUCCUUGUCUCACACACACACACACACACACACACACAGGUUUGGGGGGAGUCCUUCUUGUUUUGUGUUGGUAGGAUGGGAAGGACCUCAGAGGGGAACCUUGGAUAUAUCUCCUCUACGAACAGAAGGAACAAACGUCUAUGUUCCCACCAUCAUCUCGUUCCAAAGACGGGGAUGAUAUAAAGCCCAUUCCUGCAACAUGGCAUCGAUCCCAACACAAAGGAGGAAGUAUUAUCUGGAGACCGUGUUGGAAGAGCCGUCUUAACUCCUGCGGUAAUCGACGACCAUGAGACGACAAGACUGAGAGUGAUAAACACGACAUUUUUUUUAGGAGGGAGACGACGACCUCUUGCUUUAAACAUUAUACGAAGACUAUGAGACGAGACUUGAGAGACAUAUAAAAGAGAAUUCUCACUGGAGGAGUAGAGAUCUCAGUAGACGAGACUAAAGAUAGAUAAUGGAGACCCUGACAUUAGAGAGACCUUUUUAAAAAACCUUGCGAUCAUCUGCACCAACCUGACCCGGGACUGAGAGACGAUAUCUACCAAUCGACCCCCUCAGAUAAUAACAAUCUCCUACACGUGUUAUCAGCGGCUAUGAGUCAGUACUAGAAGACACCAGUUGAAGAUAGUGUGGAGAGGACGAGAAGCAGACCACCACCUCUUGCGUCAACAGUACCCACUAUAUCUCCCUCACUCACCCAAUCAUGCUCUGUCUCGACAUGAAGCUCAUUACAAGAUUUAGAUCUGAGAAAAGACAAUCGGGGAACUCGUCCAUCUCCCCAGGAAGUCUUGAUCCACCUCCACCACCCCGACGUGACCGUAGCAAGAGUCUGUGUGUGGACAGGAUCACGCCCCUCCUCCAGGUGGCUGAGCCUAGAGUGAGAGAUGACACACCUUCUCGUAGUGCUGUUGCUUUUUCACGAAGGAGGUCCACCACUACUACACUAUCAGCUUCGAGUGACCUUAUCUCCCGACGAGGAGUGUUCAGCAGGCGCCAUUAUGGUUCUGUGGAACUGCUUCCUCAAGUUGAAGCAGAAGGGAGCGAACUCAACGGCAGGCGAUUCAGAGUUGAGAGCGGAGAGUCCCUGGGAGAUAGAGAUGAGCAGAUGUACGGCUCACCCAGCACCCCCAUCCUUGAGAACCCGGAAUACCAAACUCGAUGGUACUUCAAAUAUUUCCUCGGCAAAUUACAUCAGAACUACGUGGGAUCUGACAGUGAAAAGGCGCCGUUCUUCCUCUCCGUGGUGUUGACAGACGCCAACAACCAAUGUGUUCCUCAGUACCGAGCGAUCUUAUGGCGUAAAACGGGAGCCCAGAGGAUAAGCCUUAGUUACACUCCUAACAAGCCAAUGACGGUCAAGCAGAUACUGAGCAACUUCCAAAACAUGGAUAAACUGGAGAAGGGACCCAAGGAGAUCUUCACCCAGGAGAUACAGAAGGACCUGUUGUUACUGGAGGAACAAGAAGGCUCCGUCAACUUUAAGUUCGGCAUCUUGUACAUGAAGACUGGCCAGACCUCUGAUGACGAGAUCCUCAGUAACGAGGGCGGCAGCCGACAAUUCGACAAGUUUCUGGGUCUGCUGGGCGAGCGGGUCCGUCUGCGUGGCUGGGACAAGUUCAGAGGGGGACUUGAUGUUAAAGGUGACAUGACUGGGAAACACUCAGUUUACACUAUCUACGAGGGCCACGAGAUCAUGUUUCACGUCUCCACUAUGCUACCGUUCUCCAAGGACAACAAACAACAGGUCGAGAGGAAACGACACAUCGGGAACGACAUCGUCAACAUCGUCUUCCUGGAUGGAACUAUCGAUGAGAUGGCGACCUUCUCCCCCUCCUUCAUCAAGUCUCAGUUUACUCAUGUGUUCGCCCUGGUGUCUUACCGUGGCGAGGACGAAGCUUAUCGCCUGCAGGUGUAUUCGGAGGAGACGGUGCCGCUGUUUGGCCCUUCCCUCCCCUGUCCUCCUGUCUUCUACAACCAAGAGGAGUUUAGGGAGUUCCUUCUUGUUAAACUCAUCAAUGGAGAAAAGGCCACAUUCAACACUCCUAUAUUUUCCCAGAAGAGAGAGAGGACCUUGGAUAUGCUGAUCAAAGACUUAUAUCAGGAACACAUCAACGACAACAGAGGGACGAUGCUGAACCGACGGGCCUUCAGUGACGUGCUUCCUGACCCUCCUAGAUCCUCCAGGAGAAAGGAGGAGGCGAGACAGGUAGAGUUCGUGAGAUUCGGGCAGGCGCUGAAGCUGGACACUAUAGUAAAGGGUGAUGCCCCAACCUCCCUCGCCACCACCGGCCUCUUCAAGCGAACGUUAACAGAGGGCUCAAAUGGUUCCCCUUCAACCUCCACCACCGCUCUCCAUGCCAGGCCAUGGGAACCUCAGUGUUGUUACCCCGACUUUCCCUACGAGGUGGUGUGUGGAGACUCGUGGGGGGAGAACCGCCUUCUACUGGCUACUACCGAGGGAGUCUUCUUGGUCGAGGAGGGCGUGGCUCACCGUCUCGUGUUCGACAAGAGUGUACAAGUGAAACAACUGAGUGUGGUAGAGGCGCACGGAAUCCUCCUCUUGAGAGCUGAUAAAGCUGGUCGUGACGGAAAGAUCCACGUGUUCCGCCUCUCAGACUUCGAGGGGGACGAGGAGCGGGUCAAAACCAAGGCGGACCUCAAGGACCACCGACUAGAGAGGACCAAAGGAUGCCAUCUGUACGCCAUCUCCAGGCCCGGCGGCUCACACCUCAGGAUGGUGGUGGCAGUGGGGAAGAAGUUGCUGGUACUACAGUGGCGGCACUCAGCUGCAUGGACUGCCUGGUGUCCUGCUUCCGACACUGAUACCGUCGAUGGAUUCCAGUUUAUCAGGGAAGUGUCUGUAUCUGAGGCACCCAUCAUCAUCACCCUCGUUGACUCACCACUUGUUUCAUCUGCUGGUGGACUCAACGACAACAAGAUCUGUAUAGGCUACAAGCACCAGUGGGACCUGGUGAGUGAGAGAACAGGCGAGGUCACCAGGCUACACCAUAUCGAGGCCUCAAAGGUCAACCUCGUUGCUGCUCUCGACAUCUACGAGGACGACGAGGCUGAGCUGCUCCUCUGCCACAACAAUACCUGUCACUUCCAGAAGUUGACAGAGGAAUGCUCUAAUGAGUUUGACUUUCAGUGGAACUCAGUACCCGAAGCGAUUGUGUGUGCCUUCCCCUACAUCCUCGCCUUCACUCAGGAUAGUAUAGAGAUUCGACUCAUCAUCAACGGUAACUUAGUACAGACUAUGGUGAUGCCUCGCCUGGCCUUCAUCACCUCCAAGAGUGACAUCUUCUUCGCCACCACCGCGCCGGAGUUCUUUACCCUCAAGAGAGAGCGAGUGAGAGUAGAUAGGAUGGAGAGAGACCCCAGCCUCUCACCACCUCCCUCACCACAUGGAAAGGAGUGUACAGUAAUGGACAGGGACGGUGUCAAGCCCUUCAGAGUCUACAGGAUUCCCUUCAGGUGUCUGACGGGCACCAGCACCUGUGAGCGUCGGUGUCCCACGCCCUCCACGCCCCUCCACCCACCGGUGUUGGGGGCCAGCGAGGGGUGCGUGGUCAGCGGGGUAGUGGGCAGCGAUGGUAAUGGAGGCCGCGCUGGCAUGCAUCUCCGAGUGUCGGAUCAGCGGUAUGGCAGCCGGUCCUGCACGGCAUCCCCGACCCACCACCCAUCGCCCACGGGACCCUUCCAAGGGAGCACCCCAUCCCCAGGGUCCUCACCCCCUGUAGGGAUCCCCCAAGGGUCCCCUUCUCAUCAUCCCAUUUAUCAGAAGCCUAGGGAUCGAACCAACUCCUUAACAGUAGACUCUGCAAGCAGUCUUCUGCUCCACCAUGGGCGCCCACUUCACCUGCACCACCACCAUCACCAUCAGCACCAUCAGCACCACCACCCGCCUGUCAAGUGAAAGUUCCACUGGCCAAGUCUCCAUCAAUGCUAGUGACCAUCCCUCACUGUGUCUUCACAGGGACACCGCCAUCUGGUUUGGGACCAUUGCCACUGAUACUGUCUUGAAGACUUAAACAAGUCCCUUUUUUGUGCCCUCCCACCUUCACAGUCCACUGUCCCUUUGUGGCCUCAAUAACAUUUAAACCUUGCUAUCCUUUUUAGUUACUCACUACCAUCAGCAGCCCACUAACCCUUUUCUACCAGCUAUCACAUUAAUGCCCACUAUCACUACCCACAGUGAUCCUAUUGUUCCAUCUGUGGUUCACUGUUCUACGCUCGUCAGAGCUGUAGGUGACCUACAACAUCACCUCUCGCAUCAUUUGUGGUGAUCUACAAAACCAAGCCAUCCCAUUGAUGCUCUUCCCUUUAUAAUAUCAUCUUCUAUUGCCAUCUUUCAUCACCUUUAUUACUGUUACCUCUGAAAGCCAUCAUCAUUAUUGCUGUUCACCAAUGAUAUUUCCAUCGUCAGGACUACAGUACAGUAUCUACAUUAUCUAUCACCACUCUCUUCACCUUCACCAUCUAGUAUGUCAUCAGAGUUCAUAAUGCCUCAAUAACUCAUUCUAUCAACAUUACUUCAUUAUCUGUAAGUAUAUCCAUCAGCUCAUUUAGCUGUGUGUUAUCAAUAUACCAUUAAGUUAAUCCUCUAGUAUCAUAACUAUCCAAGUGUUGGCAUAACUUAUAACUUACAAAAGUACAUUUUUAAAGUAUUGGUGGUGGAAAAGACAUAAAGAAGCCUACAGGUAAACUAUUCUGUGUUGAAGAAUGUACUUAGAAAUUCACCGAUAUUAACAACUACACUUACAAACAAUGACACACACACAGUUUGCACUCGUAGACAUUUGAUAUACUGUAUAUUGUAUAGGACAUCAAUCUGUAAAAUAGAUGGAUUUUUCUCAUUUUCUUCUCUUUGAAUGUACACAUUUCAUCUCUUGAAUAAUACAGCAUCCUCUGCCUUCAGGAGUGUGCCUAUGCAUCGUCCCACCAGUAUUAUUUUAAUAUACAUCAUCAUGUGCUUUGAACAGUGAAAUUAGUUCUUAUUACCUGUGUAGUUUUCUACUUGCUUCCUCUUUUCCCUUCCUCUGCCACAUUCCCCACCAUCACUGGCAAGGUCCCCUGCUCUAAGACCCCUCACCUGAGAGUCUUUAACAGGAUUUCUGAGUCUUCUAGCUAAUGUAACCUCAUCAGACAUUAUAGAAUCUAUAGCUGUAUGAAAUUCAAUAUGGUUAUACGAAUCCACAUCGGCUUAUUUUUCAAAUUUGUUUGUGCUUUUCCCUCGACUCGUAUAAUAAUAUCCCAGUGUAUAGAUUUAUUCCAAUUUUCUAUGAAGUAUAGUUUUCUACUCUAUAUUCUUCCACACCAAAAUUUCCUCCCUUGCAUAUCAUCCUAGCAACUCCUAAAUUUACUUUCCUCAAGAAGAUUUUACACUUCCUGUCUCUACACAUAUCUUACUCUCCAGUGUAACUCACCACCUACAUUUAUCACAUCACCUGCCAGGGGCCUCACUAUAUCUAGGGUCCUCCACCUACAGAACCUCAUACCACCUGAAAAGUAUCCUACCACCAAAAAGUCACCUUGAACUCUCUCUCUUCCCAUUGAAGCUUGUAAUGUUUGCUGAAGAAUUGAGUGAGAAGUCUCGUCUUCACACUUUUAUAGAUUAUUUAGUGUUACACAGAUGCUACAACUGCCUGCAUCUAAUGUUAAAUAAAAACUUACACACACAAACACAAAACAAAUUUACUUUCAUUUACAAACAAUAGAAUAGUUUACACUCAGAAGUACCAAUACAUAAACAAGUAAAUCUUUCUACAAAUAAGGGAAGACAAACAUUUAUAAGGGUUAAACAUUUUUCAACUAUGCAAGAUGAGUAAGAUACAGGUAUUCUGAAUUAAUUUUGUAAUCUUCGACAGCACCUUCUCAUAAAUUAAAAUCUAAUAUCUUCUAACCGAGACUUCUAUACUUGUUCUAUACUAUACUGUAUUUUGUUGGUUAAUGUACAAACUAGUGGUUGAAAAACAAUAAAUAAUAUAUGCAGUAUAUACGGUAGUUACUCUGUUACAGACAACAACAAAAAUGGUUAAAGAAACUCGGAAAAUUUAAAAUAAUUUAUAUAACUAAUGUUUAUGUCAUUAAUACUUUCUCUCUAGUUUCUGCAAAUUAUAACAAUUCUUUUUCAUCCUGACACAUUAUUAAGUAUGCUUUUAAUACCUCAUACCAUAAAACAUUUUUAAUUGAAAGCAUAAGAUUGUUUUCCUUUAACCAAAUACGAUACAAUGUGUUAACACUACAAGUGUCUCAUGUAGCUCCUCUUUAAAUCAUUCAUUUUUAUUCCCCUUAGUUACACCUUACUUUCUAAUUUUUACAAAACUCCAUUCUAAGACAACACAUUUUCUAGUUACUCUUCAUCUACUUUAACAAUUAUUCACUUUUCUACUCCUCUGCAGUCCUGUUUUAUCUCCCUAACUACUGUUAUAGUUACGAACCAUCAUUUUCAAAAAUUCUAACCUUUGGCCAACCAUACAAAGUGGUUAUUAAUCUCCUCCACUUCUCUUCCUCUCAAUCUCCCACUACAGAUAUCCAUCAGUUCACAGUGAUCCCUUUCCUAACCAUCAUAAAUUAUUUGCCGGCAUGGCCAGAGAGAAAACUAUUGCCAAAAUAUGUGCAGUAGAUUGAUUCUAGAUCUUCGUUUCUCAAUAGCGCACCUUUCUGCAGUAGAUUAGUUGACAGGUGGCCUCUCCAAGAUAAGUUUUUGCUAGCUUUCCUCUUGACCAUCUGAAUCGUAAUUACUCGUUGGUCCAUUUGCCAGAUUAGGUUGACUUCCAGUUUAUGGAUCAUUUGCUGGCUCUUACUUCAUUUCUUGGCUCUCAUUUCGAGCUGCUAUGUGGUUCGCUGCUGGAUAGUGGUUCACUACUAGUGAGUGGUUCAGUGUCGGUUCGUAGUUCAUUAGUGGCUCACGGUUGGCUGCUGGCUAGCAUCUCACUGGUGACAAGUGACACACUGGAUAUCGUGAUUUGCUGCAGCCAGCAGUUCACAGCUGGUUAGUGGUUCAUUGCCAGCUUGCAGGUCGUUGCUGGCCUGUGUCUCAGAUCAUGGCUUGCUGCAAGGUUGGGAAUUGUAAUUGGCUCAGUAAUUUAAUCAUUCCACUCAACUAAACACACAACCAUAAUGUGAUACUCUUUUUCUGCAAGUUUAUAUUUGAAAAAGUAGCAGUCAUUAAGUGUAGUAUUUAAUGAAGUUUUGACAAGUAGAUGUCGUUGACACCAUCCUUCCCUACCUCCCAGGUUCCUCUCAUCCAUAUCAACAACCAAUGGAGCUAUUGUGACAAGACAAUCUAAAUGUUGAUAAAUUAUCGUAGGAUGUAGCAAACUGUUUGGGUUGUUGCCAGCGAGAGGGCCUCAUAAUCUUCCAAAUAACUUUAAUGUUGCAACCUAGCGACACGACAUUCCUUUGGUGUUUUACAUUUUAAAGAGCAAAACUUUGAUGUCUUCUGAGUUAUGACCCAGCAAACCACUCCAGUGAUGCAGAGUGUGCAUAAAUCAAACACAACUUGUAUUUUGAACUUUCAAAACUGAGAAUUUGCUGUGGGG